GAAAAAAGUAGCUCUUAAAAUAAAGUACUUUAGAAAAGUUUAUUUAACUAAAUUGUCCUGCAGCUUUAAAUUCAGUUCAUUCAGGUGUAAAGAGAUGUCAAUAAAAAAAACAGCACCCACUAACUUCCUUUAUCAAGCUCACUUUGCCAAUCAUCUGUUAUUUGCAUCUGAACUGUGCAUGUUGAUAAUCUGUGUUCAAGUUAUUGACAUCAGAAUAAUAAUUCUCUCCAUUACCUUUCACAAAGCUGGUAACAAAUGUAUAGGGCAGCUAUGUGCCAGAAAAUGGUGCAGCUAGAUGUUUUACAAGGAGAAUAAUGUUUAUCUUCAAUGCCUGCGGAUAAAUUUGUUUUAUCAAAACGCAAAUUUAUAAUAUGACAGACAGCACAAGCAGUUAAAUUGGCAGCAAUUAAACUUAGAAACUUUAUUAUCAUUGUCAUUACACAUUGUACAUAUACGUACGUAUAUGAAAUUUUGCCUCUGCAUUUCACCGAUCCUUAACAUGUUGGGAGCAGUGGGUUGCUGAGAAGUUAGGGUUAGGGUUCUGUUAGGGUUCUGUGACUUGCUCAGGGACACUUUGGCACAGGACACGUAGCAGCCAAGGAUCAAACCGCCAACCUUGCGGUUACCGUCCGCCCCUCUCUACCCAAUGAGCCACAGCCGCCCCCAUGUUCAAUAUGGGAUGAAGGUUAAAAUUGUGUAAGACUAGUUUAGUUAUUUGAAAACAUGGAUAAACUUUGGCUGUAGUGUCAUCAUGAAGUUAUUAUUGUAGUCCAAAGCCCCCCUUUGGACCCCUUAGUGGCUCACUAUGAAGCGACUGCUAUGAGAUAGACUGGGAAAUGUAGAAUUGAUAAAUGUUAACGAAAGAUGUAACGAAAUAACAAUAUAACUAAUAUGAAGUUAGGUUGAUAGUUGGGCAACAACCUGAAAUUCAGUGAGGGUUCCGGGACAGAGGAUGCCGUAUGUGUACAGAUUUUAAAGCCCUCUGAGGCAAAUUUGUGAUUUUGGGCUCUACAAAAAUCAAUUAAAUUGAAUUGAAAUUUACCUUAAUGGCAUCAUGGGUUGUUGGCUAUAAAUAAUUGAGCAAUUCCAAGUGGUCCAAUGUCUUUGUUUUUUAAAUAUUCAUGGUAAAUGAAGAGGAAUUAAGUGAGGUUCUCAUGUAGAUUUUACUUCCUGUGAAAAUGAAUUUGAGGUAGUGUCAAGUAAUGAGGCAAACUCGCAGGAAACAGUCUCUUAACUUAAGCUCGUGGCCCAGAAGACCUUCUCUUAACAAAAAGGCUCAUGUCCAAGGAGACAGUUUCUUAGUAUAAAGGCUUUUGGUGCAGGAGACAGUCUUUUACCUUAAAUGCUCGUGUCCCAGGUCUGUCUAUGUGGCUCCUGGCAUUAAACGUUUGGACACGCUUAACAGCAAAGCCAAAGAAUGUUUUACUUAUUUACAAUCAAUAUUUAAAUGUAAUAACAGUGAUUUACGUCUGUGUUAGAUAGCAGUGGAAAGAGUGUGAUCAUUUUCUGGCUGCAGAUUGCAGCCAACAGAAAUUCUUCAGUGUCUCAAGCGUGUAGAAGUACGGUAGUCUUCAGGUGACGUAAAAACGUGAAAGCUCUUUCUCGAGCCAGUGUUUGGUUUGUCCGUUCUUGGCUACUGUAGAAACAUGGCAGUGCAAUGUGGUGGACUACGUGAAGAGGACCUGCUCCCUAUGUGAAUAUGAAAUGCUCAUUCUAAGGUCACAAAAACAUUCUUAGUUUCAGGUCAUUAUACACUUACUUAUUUUAUAUUCUAUUACUGCCAAUAUAUCCCCCUAAAUGCUACACACUGAGCCUUUUUAAAACCAAACAAUAUAAAUGAAGUUGUAUUUCUCCUUGUAGAAUAGCUUUCUGUGUCUUUAAGACAUUUUUGGGGAGUUUUGAAUGUAAGAAAGCAGCAUAUGGUCAUCAUCCAACUAAGCUUCCUAAGGGGCACGCCCAACAUGCAUGUAAGGAGGAAGUGUGUCAAAGUGACCCUGAGCCAGAGCUCCAGCCACAAUAUGCAGAGAUUACCUAAUAAAUGACCUAGAAAUUCUGUGCUUUGGUUCAUCUUAGCCAUUAACUCAACAGAUGCACAUCGAUCCAAUUUACAUUCAAAAUCCAGACAACUCUUUUUUUUUUUCUUUUUUUUUUUUAACUUAAGUUUCAACUCCACAUUCAGUAUUCUUGAAUCAGAUAAUGUCAUGUUCAUAUCAACCACAGAAUGUAGAAUUUGAUACAUAGGGUUUAAUACAAUCUAUCCUAAAACAUAUGAUGUAUUACUGUUGGUACAGUAUACAAGAAACAUGUAGUACUUAACUCAAUAUUUAUGUGUAACAACCUUGAAGCGAGGCGAGAGCAAGGUACCUCACAGACUGACUCAGCUGAACAGCUCUGCUCACAGUCCUUGAGCAAAGUUCAACUCCCUCAGUUCAAUUGUGGUUUGGUUUGUUGAGCCACUGCUCUUUCACUUCUCCUUCAUCUUUGAGAUCAUCAGGUGGAACAUCUCCAUGAUGUUGAGCAUCACAGAGAGGAAGGCCAUCGCCAACAUAAAGACAAUGAAGAUAUUUUUUUCUGUGGGACGACUUAUGAAGCAGUCUACCGGGGCCGUACAGGGGUAGUCGGGAAAUGAAAUCUUACUGGGCAUCAUUAUGAAGCCAUACAGGAAGUACUGGCCUACAAUGAAUGCCACUUCCAGCAGGAUCUUGAAUAGCAGCUGCGUCAUGUAGCUGACCAGCAGGAUGCCCUUGAGCUCUACUUUGCCAUGUUCAUCUGAAUACUUUGGAGCUUUAAUCUUCCCAUUUUUACCCAGUUUCUGCUCCAAGCGUCUCCUCAGCUUGUUUUCUCUGCGAAUCACUAACAGGACAUGGCCCAGAUACAUGAGUGUUGGAGUGGACACCAUGAGGAUUUGGAGGACCCAGAAGCGUGUGUGAGACAUGGGGAAGGAUUGAUCAUAGCAGGCGUUCCUGCAGCCAGGGCUUUUGGUGUUACAGUCCAUGUUUUCCUGUUCAUCUCCCCAUAUUUCAUCUACACCAGCAGCUAGGAUGAAGAUCCUGAAGAGGAAGAGAACACUCAUCCAGACCUUCCCCACAACAGUGGAGUGUGACUGCACCUUGUCCAACAAAUCAGAAAGGAAGGACCACUGCCCCAUGAUGACUACGAGAGAGAAGACAAAGAGACAGAUGAUGAUGAAGAGCAAUGGUUUCAUGUCAAGUCAGCAUGAACCAACCUUACUUGUGCAGAAUAUUUUAUACACACAACAGUUCAAAGAGGAUUUUGAGACAAGACAUGGCAGAAUUACAACACAAAUGAUACGUGCAAUACAGUCCACACUUACCAACUGUCUUUCUAUGAACAGGUGAGUCAAUGUAACUCUGUAGGUUUCACACAGUCUUGCUAUUCCAUCAGGAAGGACGUGCAAAUUAGUUUGGACAAGAUAUUGUCAUUAAUUGAUAAGUUAUGGACAAAAGAAGAAAUUGAUAUGGUCAGGUCAUAUUGUAGAAACAUGUAUUACUGAUGCCAAUUGUGAUUUUAAAGAAUUCUAAAAGUAAAGUAAGGUUUUUGGAAUGUGAUUCUCGCAUUCAGGAAAUUUGAAUGUGCUUGUGUUUAGUCUUAUAAAUCAAAGCAGCAGUACCUCUGAAUAAAGUCCAACAAAAAUCCUGUUACAGAAGUUUGCUAGAUAAAUAGAAAACAAAAAAGGUCAAAUAGGUUACAAGAGACCACAAAAGACAGAAAAAGAUAUUCUAUGUAUGCGUUUCAUUUCCAUUCUGUUGUGAGAGGGCAACUGCUUUGGUCCAGGUUUACUUCCAGUCAGCUACUGCAUUAACAGACAUUGCAACAGGAAAUUCAAAGGGCCCGUGUAUUGGAUGGACUCAUUACAGAAUAGGAUAAUUCUAUAUGCAAUUUGUCAGUUGCAUAUGAUUCGAAAUGUGUUUUUCCAUAAUGCCAGAGUAUAUUUUUAUUCUCAAAAAUUUUUGAAACCAGCACAAGACUCCUGAAGGCUGUGAAAUAUAAGCAAAUAACUGCAUCAUGUUUUUCACAUUUUAAUCUGUCAAUAAUUAACAUGGCAUUUGAACAAUAUUAACACUAACUUGACAUCAACAAAACUGUUCCUACCUCAGGAAUGACUAGUGUCUUGUUCAGUCAGCCCCUGCACAGUGACUGGGAUUCUCUCACUUCCCUCUUAUAUUUCAGCUGACAUUGCAAAAUCAUUAGAAUCCUCCUAAGCCACACUAACCCGCCCAGACUCCCUGACAUGACUGCGUCACCCUGUAGUGUUGAAAUGGACUGAUGUUGAGAAAUGACACCCCAGUACUGACACCAAAUCAGCUGUUCCAUGAAUAACCCUCACUCCUCUCAACUGUCAAUUACCCUUUAGCAACACUCUGAAGUUCAAGCUGCUACGAAACACUGUAGCCGAGGCUGGAUGCAUCAGUCGCAGACGGGGGCCCUGAAAGCUCCAUACCUGCUGUUCAUCAACUGACAGUAGCCUCCAGCCAUGGGGGACUGGUCUUACAUGUCGUCACUGCUAGACAAAGUCCAGUCUCACUCCACCGUGGUGGGGAAGAUCUGGAUGAGCAUCCUCUUCCUGUUCAGGAUCUUUGUCCUGGGUGCUGCUGCAGACAAAGUCUGGGAAGACGAAGUGACAGAGUUCUACUGUGACACCCAGGAACCAGGAUGUAAACAUGCCUGCUACAACUGGAUGUUCCCAAUAUCCUAUAUUCACUACUGGGUCCUGCAGAUCACCUUUGUGUCAACGCCCACCCUAGUCUACCUGGGCCAUGCUGUACACAUCAUCCACAAAGAGAAGAAGAUGCUGGAGAGGCUAUGGGACAGCACUAAUGGAACUGUACAGAGGAAGCCCAAGUAUACAGAUGAUAGAGGGAAGGUGAAGAUAACAGGCAUCCUCUUCUGCACUUACAUGACCCAGCUGAUCUUCAAGAUCAUCCUGGAAGUGGGAUUCAGUGUGGGCCAAUUCUACAUCUUUGGCCCUGUGUUCAUGGUCCCCUACUUCCACUGUACCAUGUCUCCACCUUGUGCCCGUUUAAGUGGUGCCCAGUGUUACAUUUCCCGUCCCACAGAGAAAACUAUUUUUGUCAUCUUCAUGCUUGUAGUUUCAGGCAUUUCAGUGCUCCUCAACAUCAUGGAGAUAAUCUACCUGCUCUGUAACAAGAGGAGAGACACCAGGAAUCUGCUUCAAACCCAGCAGCAUGUGCUCAGGCCACAACAGUGCCCAUCCAACCAAACAUGGGGGGAAUUGAGCAGCCUGUAUGGAGGUACCACACUGUUGCCUCUAACAGGCCUCUGCAAUGAUGACAAACACAUCGACUCUGUCAGUAAAGAGAAGGACACCUGAUACAUCACAAUCAUUAUUGUGCUUCAAAUCCAAAGCACAUAUUUGUCCUCACCUUACCUAUAGUGUUUUUUAUCAGACUGAUUAGUGGUGCAACGGAUCAUAAAACUCACGGUUCAGAUCGUAUCAUCGAUCAGAGUCACUGGUCGGAUCAGCACCAAAGAGAAAAGGGAGCAAAUAUAACUUUUAGAGAUCCCUGAUCAAGUUUUUUUGCCGCCUAUACUAAUUGCUGAUAUUUGAUUAUCUACAUUGGCAGACACAGAUCCCUUUCUUGUUUGGUUAUUGCAGCUGGUCUACAAGCCUCCAGACAAUUUUUGGCACGAACAGCACGCCCAAGCUGAUCCCGCAAGUGUUCAAUGGGGUUGAGGUCAGGACUGCUGGCAGGCCAUUCCAUCCUCUCCACUCCCAAAUUCUGGAGGUCG